AUGCCUACCUACCUCCCUACCUACCUAGUACCUAAUCGAUGGGCAACCUAUUUUGAACACUGUUGUUUUAAUUUACUCCAUUCAAAUUUGAUCAUCCUUGACCAUAACAAUGGCCUCUGCACUUUGCCUGCUUCAAACUGCAGUCCUAGUAGGGAGGCUAAACUGCAGUUACCUUACCAUACAAGGAAGAAUGGCAAUGGAAAUUCUAUGAAUUUUGUUGGCAUUCAUUGGAUUGAAGUUCUAAUCUAA